AUGUUAUGCAGCGUCUGCCGCGAAGGGCUGGAAGGCAUACAUGACCCCCAGAAGACCAGGAGGCUCGGACAAAUGAGGGACUUCCCCGAGAUCCUGCGGCAGCAAUUACGGAAGCCGAAAAUCAAGAACAUCGAGAACGAAGAAUUCAAUGAAGCCGUAGACAAACUUGACCUCCAGGAACACGAGAAGUACGUCUUCGGCCACCACGUCGACUAUGCCUCCAUGCUGCGCUCAAUGCAACUGGGCUGUGUCGCGUGCACGCAGUUCAGCGUAUUUAACGACGAGAACGAUAUCAACCCGGCGUACGAGAAGCUAGGUGCCGAGCUUACUAUGCUCGUGUACGUGGGAGAUCCCCUCGAAGAGUUUGCUCACGAGCUGGUAGCGCAUGACGGCCGAGAAGAGAACGACCGUGUCAACUCUGCGAUUUCCUACUCUACAGCAUCGGCAGAUACAUGGGCUGUAGCCCAGUCGUGGUUGAAAAGGUGCCUGGACGACCACGAGAUCUGCCGGAACCAGAAACGGGAGCGCUUCAUACCCGCCCGUCUUCUAGAGCUGAAUAUCGACGGCGACGAGAAGACGUUUAGGCUCGUCUCGCGCGCUGAAGUAGAUCUGCAAUCGCCGCCAUACUGCGUGACAGCAUGCCCGUUAAUAUCCUCCCGGACCUUCCGCGACGCAUUUGAGAUCAUCGAACGAUUGGGCGUCCGCUACCUGUGGAUCGACCGUCUCUGCAUAGUGCAGGACUCGGCAGAGGACUGGCGGGUCGAGGCAUUGACGAUGCAGACAGUCUUUCGGCACGGGUUCCUGAACAUCGCUGCUCUCGGGUCCGCGGACGACGAGGGCGGCUGCUUCCACGAGCCCAACCCGUCCCUGAUCGCGCCUACAAUCCUCGACCUCGGCCCUAGGGAUGGCAAGCUGGCCUCGUUCUACAGACUGGAUGCCGAAGAUUGGGCCUGGCAGUCGGCAUUCGUGGGGGAGCCGCUGCUCUCGCGUGCAUGGGUCCUCCAGGAGCGGAUCCUCGCGACUCGGACCCUGUACUUCGGUAGCAAGCAGGUCUUCUGGGAGUGUUACGAGUCGAACUGCUGCGAGACGAUACCAAAAUGGCGGCUCAUGUUGCGUCACAGGUCCAGGAACCCAUCUCUGCAAGAACCCGCAGGUUCAGAUACGUGGAAGAUACUGAUCGAUCCUGGGGACAGAAGCAUUAUUGGCGCGACGACAGGGUGGUUAGAUGUAGUGGGAACGUAUUGCCAAUGCAGCCUGUCAUCCCCGGACGACAAACUCGUUGCGUUGUCGGGUCUCGCGAAACACAUGGGCGGCGUGCUCACGAGACGUGGAGCCGGCCAGUCCGUGUAUCUUGCGGGCUUGUGGCAGGACACGAUGCCCGAGAGCUUGCUCUGGAAGCCCAAGGCGCGAGCUCAUAGGCCGCCAUCAUACCGCGCGCCAUCCUGGUCAUGGGCAGCACUUGACGGUGAUCUCAACUUUGUGCAGUAUCCAGUGUGCAAAUGGCAUGUGAAUUUGGUUAACGCCAUGACCACGCCACGAGCGAUCGACCCGGCAGGCGAGCUGACGGGUGGUACAAUCUGGCUCAGGGGCCCGCUGGUGCAGGUAAGGGGCCUGCGACGUAUCAAUACGGAUGCAUCUGAACGUGAGGCCUACAAUAUCAGCUCGUUUCACCAUAUAGGCAACGGGGCGCUCAUUGAUGGGCUUGGAGAUCGCGGUGCGUACUUGCAGUUCGACACCGGGGAGGAUUUCCCGGAUCAAUUGACACUCCUCGCGUUCAACUCGACGCCUCACAAGACACACUCCUAUGUCAUUACUAAAGGGCUGGCUCUGGUAUUUGCCGAUGAGACGCGAAGUUGUUACCGACGCGUUGGCUACAUUUGGCUCAAAACCAUAGUGGAUUUUACGGUCGGCGAUGACGCCCAGUCGAUGCCAAUAGGGCCGCUACCUAUGAAUGAUGUCGAGAUCGUCUGA